CUUUCAUGAAAGAGUCUGUGGUAGAAGUCAUUGCAAUAAUUCGAGUGAUUGCAUCGGCUCGCGAUCCUCUGCAAACUACACCAUGAGCCGAAAAAUGUCCUCGGCCCUGCUGGCCGCAUUCCAGGGCCUGAGGAUUGCUCCUGCGACGACAUUGCGACCGUCGAUAAUCCCGACCUCCUUGCGAACUCUCCCUGCCCUUCCGACCAUUCGCAAUGCGAGGCCGUUCUCGUCAACAGUGCCCCAGCUGUCAUGGCUCGAGCCGCAGCUGGAUCGAAGGAAGAAGAAGAUGAAGGGAAGGUGUCGUGUUCCCACUGGAGGAUCUAUGAAGGGGACAACCGUGGUAUGGGGCGACUAUGGUCUGCGAAUGAAAGAUCACGAUAGGAGGGUCAGCGCGAAACACCUGAAGAUGGCAGAGAACGUUAUCAAGCUUCGUCUUCGUGGUCAGAAAUACCGACUCUACAAGAGAGUCAACUGCAACAUUGGCGUUUUCACAAGCGGAAACGAGCACCGUAUGGGUAAAGGAAAGGGUUCCUUUGACCACUGGGCGUCGCGGAUCUCUGUCAGUCACGUCAUCUUCGAGCUCAGGGGAGUGCUGCACGAGCAGGUCAUUCGCGAUGCUCUCAGGUUGGCCGCAACCAAGAUACCAGGUCAGUGUGAAAUCAUUAAAAAGGGUGAUCCGGGCUGCGUUGGCAUAACCAAGAUAGAAAACGGGUUGACCCUGGAGGAUCUGAAGAGACCAUGGAUGAAGGCACGCCAGGAGCGCCUUGGAACGCUGGAUGUCACGCCACAGUCUUCGGCCGUGACGAAUGCUCCGAACUCAACAUCGCCAGCACAGUAACUAACGAUCUGGAUCCUGGCCUUAUAUUGUAUGCAUAAAAUGUACAACAUAGAAUGUGAUAUAUCCUCGAAAUGCUGUGUCGAUCUAUAACUGACUGUGCCGUAUAUAACCAC